AUGCAGCAAGCGGGUAAGGCAGAGUUCGGUAGAGCACCGACAGGGAUGAACGUUAGUGUUUACUACUUUGCGAGAACACAAGGAACUUCGACUGUCCCGAAAAGUGGCGAGGUUUCAUUAGGUAUGGUGGAUAAACAUUUCACGAAGCGGCAGUUUCCUCUCUGGUAUGGUCGGCGGCCGGAAUUGGCUCUUUCUCAUGACAGUGAGGAAAGUUUGUCUGAAGGUGAGGAUCCUGGAGAUAUUUUCGAUCCGGAAGGACACGAGCGUUGCACGGCAUAUCAAUUGCCGACACUGGAAGGCAAGGCUCGCAUAAAAAUGCUGAAACGCUCUGGAGUUCAAGAUGACGGCCUGGAGAGCCUAGAAUCGAUUCGGAAGUCUCGUUUGUUGUGUGGAUGUCAGUGUGAGAAUGGUAUUUGUGAUCCAGAAACCUGUCAGUGUGCAGCAGAAGGAAUCGUUUGUCAGGUUGACGGUAUUGACGAAUUCGGCAGUUCACAUCCAUGCUCUUGCACAUCAGCCAACUGCCGGAAUCCUGAAGGGCGGAUUGAAUUCGAUGUGUCACAUGUGAAAAAUCAUUGUCGCAUGACAAUUUUGCGAACGAAGCAUGCCGAACAAACGGGAAGGUAUGAUUCUCCACAGCGAAUACGAUUCAAUUCUGAGGGAGAACAGAUAUCGACUGCUCAAAUGUGCUCUCCACCGAACAAGAAAGCUGCCGUAAGUGAAGAGGUUCAAACAACCGAGCAAGACCAUUCACAAAUUUCGGAUGAUCCACCAACUCGUAAAUUUCCAGUGACACCAGUAUAUAAGCGGUCCAAACAAAGACGUGGAUUACGAGUAGAACUCGCCAUGGGCCUCACAGAAAAUAUGUCUGGCGAUAAAGUUAAAUUUCCUACGGAAACUCUAAAUGAAUACUCCGAGGAUGCUUAA